AUAAUAAUAACAACAAUCGUCAGUCAGUCGUCACACUCAUCCCCCUCUUUUCCCUCUUCUUCUUCGUCUUCACCUGCACGAAAACACAUAAUCAUCGAACCAGACACAAAACGCUCAGAUCUGUGACCACAAAACCUAAUCAUAUUUGUUGGAUUGGUACCAAAUGGCAGAGUUGGAUGUCCAAAAUCCUCUCAUUGGAGAAACAAACUGCGGUGUGUUACUGCAUCAGUUACAGAAAAUUUGGGACGAAGUAGGUGAAAGUGAUGAGGAACGAGAUAAGAUGCUACUUCAGUUAGAACAAGAAUGUUUAGACGUAUAUAAGAGGAAAGUUGACCAAGCUGCAAAGUCAAGGGCCCACCUCAUUCAGACACUGGCAGACGCUAAACUUGAACUGUCAACUCUCUCUGCAUCCCUUGGAGAGACGACAUUUGUUGGAAUCCCUGACAAAACAUCCGGAACCAUAAAGGAACAACUUGCUGCAAUCGCACCAGCAUUGGAAGAAUUAUGGAAGCAGAAAGAAGAAAGGAUAAAAGAGUUUCUAAACGUCCAAACACAAAUUCAAAAAAUACGCGGAGAAAUUGCGGGUGGUAAUCAACAAUCCGGAAGCCUAAAAGUCGACGAGUCCGACUUAUCAUUGAAAAAACUGGAUGAAUUUAAUGAUCAGCUGCAAGAACUUCAGAAAGAGAAGAGUGAUAGAUUGCAUAAGGUUUUGGAAUACGUUAGCACCGUACAUGAUCUAUGUGCGGUACUUGGAAUCGAUUUUUACGGUACCGUGACGGAAGUUCAUCCAAGCUUAAACGAUGCAACUGGUGUGCAGUCUAAAAGCAUAAGCAAUGACACACUAGCUAGCCUUGCGAAGACCGUUUUAGCUUUAGAAGAAGAUAAAAAGCAACGGUUAAAGAAGCUCCAAGAGUUGGCGACUCAGUUAAUUGAUCUUUGGAACUUGAUGGAUACUUCUAAAGAAGAGCGUAGCUGUUUUGAUCAUGUUACAUGUAACAUAUCGGCUUCGGUGGAUGACGUAACUGUCCCAGGGGCUCUUGCUCUAGAUUUAAUUGAACAGGCUGAGUUGGAAGUCGAAAGGCUAGAUAAGCUUAAAGGUAGCAGAAUGAAAGAGAUUGCCUUUAAGAAACAAGGUGAGCUUGAAGAAAUAUUUGCACGGGCCCACAUAGAAAUCGACACAGAGGCUGCUAGGGCAAAAAUAUUGGCCCUUAUUGAUUCUGGGACUGUUGAGCCUUCUGAACUGCUUGCUGACAUGGAUAACCAGAUAAUUAAAGCAAAAGAAGAGGCAGUUAGUAGGAAAGAUAUUUUAGAUAAAGUUGAAAAAUGGAUGUCAGCCUGUGAAGAAGAGAGUUGGCUUGAUGAUUACAAUAGGGAUGACAACAGGUAUAAUGCAAGCAGAGGUGCACACUUGAAUCUCAAACGAGCUGAGAAAGCUAGAAUUUUGGUCAACAAAAUUCCAGCUCUUGUUGAUUCUUUGGUUGCUAAAACUCGAGCAUGGGAAGAAGAACAUGGAGUUACUUUUGCAUAUGAUGGUGUUCCACUUCUUGCUAUGCUAGACGAAUAUGCUUUACUUAGGCAAGACCGAGAAGAAGAGAAACGGAGGAUGAGGGACCAAAAGAAAUUCCAUGAACAACUAAACACAGAACAAGAAGCCAUCUUCGGGUCAAGACCAAGCCCGGCUCGACCGCUUAGUAGUACAAAGAAAGUGGUGGGACCACGCGUGAACGGUGGUGCAGCCAAUGGAACCCCUAACAGACGAUUGUCUAUGAACCAAAAUGGAGCUAGGUCAGGGAAAAGGGACAAUGCUAGACCAAUUGCACCUUCCAACUAUGUGGCCAUAUCGAAAGAGGAUGCUUCAUCACGUGUGUCGGGUACAGAGCCCGCGCCUGUUACACCUUAAGAUUGAGUGGGGUAAUUGUAAAAAAAAGGUUUUUAGGAUUAUACUUGUGAUUUGGUUUUAUAAUGCAUCUUUGGAGAGCUAUACCUUGUUUGCGUUAUAUUAAUAUCUGUUAAUUGCGCUAGUGCUGUUUCUUU